AUGGGAGGGUUGCAAGGUCGAAGAGCACCAGCAUCUGCAGCAGCAGCCAGCCUCACUGCAGGGGAUCUACAGCAAGGUUCCAAGCCUGGGGCAAUCUACCAGCCCCUCCCUCCUACAAACCAAAAGCCUCCUAGGCAAGCAAACAGUCUGUGCAAAGCAGCAAGGCCCCAUUCCAGUGACCCCAACCCCAGCACAAGCCACCAGGCAGGCCUUGACCCCAUUACUGACAGCGAAGUCCCACCUCAGGCUGGCCAACAGCAAGACACUGCCCCUGGGGUCUGCCAGCAGACAGACACUGCUUCUCAACCCAACAGCAGGGCCCCACUCCUGGGGCCCACCAGCAACAAAAGCCCUCCUCCAGGGCCAACUACCAGAAAGACUGUUGCAAUAGCAACCCAGCAGAAAUGCCCCACCCCUGGCGCAGGCCAGCAGCUAAACCCCACCCCCAGGGGAGGCCAACAGGGAGGCCCCACUCCCCAGUAUAAGCCAGAAAGGCAGUCUACCCUCCAGUGA